CCAUUUUUUUCUCUAUCUACUCUCAGACAACCAAGACAAAAAGCCACCAUCUUCUCUCUAUCUCUCUCUAGAAUUCAAUUCCUUCACUUUCUCUCUCUAGAAUUCCAGUUCCUCAUCUUCAAUGUCAGUCUCAGCAGCCCUGGUGCUAUGCUAGGGCUCUGAAACUGCAAAAUGGUGUUCAAGGGGCGCUUCUUCUCCUCCUCCAAGAAAUCCGACUCCUCCAGCCCCGACGGAUCCAACUCCAACUCCCCCCGAUCCCUCGCCUCCAACUCCCCGCUCCGAUCUGACAAGAAGAAGCCCAAAUCCUCCUCCAAGGACGACAACCCCUCUACUUUCCGCCAGACGCAAGCGAAAGAUGGACUCAAGAAGAAAGAUUCCAAGGACAAACAAACUAUAACGCCAACUCAAACCCCGUCAAAACCCACUAAAACUUUCGGGUCGGGGUCUGGGUCCAAGGAGAAGAAGGUGGCUACACCGGCGGAGCCUCUCUCGCAGGUGUCGCCGAUACUGGCGUCGUCUCUGGGAUUGAAUAGGAUAAAGACUCGAUCAGGGCCGUUGCCGCAGGAGAGCUUUUUUGGGUUUAGAGGCGGCGGCGGUGGCGACAAGGGCUCCGCGCUCGGCGCCAGUAAUUUGUCCAGGCCCGGAAACGCCGAUGCCGGCUCCGGUACGGGUUCCGGGAGUGGAGGGAAGAAGAAGGAGGUGGCGGGGCCGAGUAGUAGGAUGUUGGGGUUCCAAGAGCAUUGGGUGGAUAAUGGGAGCAAUUCGGAUAGUAUGUCCACUGGGAGUGCGCAGUCCAGGGACCAGAGCCCCAACGUGGUGGGGCGCUCGAGGUUACAGAAUGGGGAGUCCUCCUCUCAAGCUGGGCGCUAUGAAUCAUCAUGGGGUCAGUCUGGAGGGUUAAUCAGUCCAGAUGUUUGUACACCAGAGACUGCAUAUGACUGUGACAAUCCAAAGGAGUCUGAGUCUCCCCGUUUUCAAGCCAUACUACGUGUUACAAGUGCACCUAGAAAGAGGUUUCCUGCUGAUAUCAAAAGUUUUUCUCAUGAACUAAAUUCCAAGGGUGUUCGCCCUUUCCCAUUUUGGAAGCCUCGAGGCUUAAAUAACUUGGAGGAAAUAUUGGUUGUCAUACGGGCAAAAUUCGACAAAGCAAAGGAAGAAGUAAACAAUGAUCUGGCUAUUUUUGCAGCAGAUCUGGUCGGAAUUCUUGAAAAAAAUGCAGAUAGUCAUCCUGACUGGCAGGAAACUAUUGAGGACUUGCUGGUUUUGGCUCGGAGCUGUGCUAUGACAUCUCCUGGGGAGUUUUGGCUUCAAUGUGAAAGCAUAGUUCAGGAAUUGGAUGAUAGGCGUCAAGAACUUCCACCGGGUAUGCUGAAACAGCUUCAUACCCGAAUGCUUUUCAUUCUCACAAGGUGUACCAGAUUGUUGCAGUUCCACAAAGAAAGUUUGGCCGAGGAUGAACAUGUUAUUCACUUUCGUAAAUCUAGCAUCCUGCAUCCUGUGGAAAAACGAAUUCCUCCCAGCAUGGGAAGGGAGUCCAAGACUUCUAGUGCUACAAAGGUCUCAAAGGCUCUUUCAGCUAGGAAAUCUUACAGUCAGGAGCAGCAUGGCUUGGAUUGGAAGAGAGACCAUGUCAUACAGCCAGAAAAGUUUCUCUUACCUCCUGCAGAUGACACUUCAAAGAACUUGGAGUCUCCCUCAGGCAGGAACCGGAUUGCUUCGUGGAAGAAACUUCCAUCUCCAGCAGGAAAAAGCACAAAAGAAGCUGCUCCGUUGAAGGAGCAGAAUGAAGGUAAAAGUGAAUCUUUCAAGACAUUAACCAACAGGAGGGGGAUUUCUGACACAGAUUUGGAUCCUGCUAAGCCUCCCGAGCUUCCUUCUGCGAAAGAUUCUCUUGAACAUACUUCAAAGCACCAGCACAAAGUUUCUUGGGGUUACUGGGGAGAUCAGCAAAAUAUUUCUGAUGAAAGUUCAAUAAUAUGUCGCAUUUGUGAGGAGGAGGUCCCUACUUCAAAUGUGGAAGACCAUUCAAGAAUUUGUGCCAUUGCUGAUCGAUGUGAUAAGAAGGGUCUAAGUGUCAAUGAGCGUCUUGUCAGAAUUUCCGAAAGUCUUGAGAAGAUGAUGGAAUCAUUUGCACUGAAGGAUAUUCAACAUGUAGUAGGAAGUCCAGAUGUUGCAAAAGUAUCAAAUUCAAGCGUGACAGAAGAAUCUGAUAUUCUCUCUCCAAAACUCAGUGAUUGGUCCCGUAGAGGCUCAGAGGACAUGCUUGAUUGUUUUCCUGAAACUGAUAAUUCUGUGUUAAUGGAUGAUAUGAAAGGUUUACCUUCAAUGACAUGUAAAACUCGUUUUGGCCCAAAAUCUGAUCAAGGAAUGACAACAUCAUCUGCUGGUAGCAUGACACCUAGGUCUCCGUUGUUGACACCAAGGACCAGUCAGAUUGACUUGCUCUUGGCAGGAAAGGGUGCCUACUCUGAGCAUGAUGAUGUUCCACAGAUGAAUGAACUUGCUGAUAUUGCAAGAUGUGUAGCAAAUACACCUUUGGAUGAUGAUCGCACUUUACCAUAUUUAUUAACUUGUCUUGAAGACUUGAGGGUUGUCAUUGACCGCAGGAAGGUUGAUGCGCUUACAGUGGCGACAUUUGGGGCACGCAUUGAGAAGUUGAUUAGGGAGAAGUAUUUGCAGCUUUGUGAGAUGGUGGAUGAUGAAAAGGUUGACAUAACCAGUACUGUAAUUCAUGAAGACGCUCCUUUGGAGGAUGAUGUGGUUCGAAGCUUGAGAACAAGCCCUAUACAUUCUUCAUCCAAGGACCGUACCUCUAUAGAUGACUUUGAGAUUAUAAAGCCAAUCAGUCGUGGAGCAUUUGGAAGGGUUUUCUUGGCUAAAAAGAGAACAACAGGGGACCUAUUUGCGAUAAAGGUUCUUAAAAAGGCAGAUAUGAUCCGUAAGAAUGCUGUUGAAAGUAUAUUAGCAGAACGUGAUAUUUUAAUUUCUGUCCGCAAUCCUUUUGUGGUUCGCUUCUUUUAUUCUUUUACAUGUCGUGACAACCUGUAUCUUGUGAUGGAGUAUCUAAAUGGAGGAGAUUUGUAUUCGUUAUUGAGAAAUUUGGGCUGCUUAGAUGAGGAUGUUGCUCGUGUAUAUUUAGCAGAAGUUGUGCUUGCUUUGGAAUAUUUACAUUCUCUGCGCGUGGUUCAUCGUGAUUUGAAGCCUGAUAAUCUGUUGAUUGCACAUGAUGGUCAUAUUAAGUUGACGGACUUUGGACUUUCUAAGGUUGGUCUGAUCAACAGCACUGAUGACUUGUCUGGUCCCGCAGUCAGUGGGGCAUCCCUACUUGGGGAAGAUGAACCUCAGUUAUCUGUAUCCGAGCAUCAGCGAGAAAGGAGGAAAAAACGUUCUGCUGUGGGUACACCAGAUUAUUUGGCACCAGAGAUACUUUUGGGAACAGGACAUGGUGCAACUGCUGAUUGGUGGUCUGUGGGUGUCAUAUUAUUUGAGUUGAUAGUUGGCAUUCCACCCUUCAACGCUGAACAUCCUCAGACAAUAUUCGAUAAUAUUCUCAAUCGUAAAAUACCUUGGCCCCGGGUACCGAAUGAAAUGAGCCUUGAAGCACAAGAUCUAAUUGAUCGAUUACUGACAGAAGAUCCUCAUCUGAGACUUGGAGCCAGAGGAGCAUCGGAGGUGAAGCAACAUUUAUUCUUUAAAAAUAUCAACUGGGACACGCUUGCCAGGCAGAAGGCUGCGUUUGUUCCCUCUUCAGAGAGCGCACUAGAUACCAGUUACUUCACAAGUCGCUACUCAUGGAACCAUUCGGAUGACCAUGAUUAUCCUCCCAGUGAACCUGAGGACUCCAGUGAUGCUGAUAGCUUAAGUGGCAGCAGUAGUUGCUUGAGCCAUCGGCAGGAUGAAGUGGGAGAUGAAUGUGGGGGUCUUGCUGAAUUUGAUUCUGGUUCAUCAGUCAAUUACUCCUUCAGUAAUUUCUCAUUCAAGAAUCUCUCUCAGCUCGCAUCAAUCAACUAUGAUCUGCUUACUAAGGGUUUGAAGGAGGAUAACCCAACAAACCCUAAUGCAUGACCUAUCUUCCCGUCGAAAGCUGGGAUUGGGUUUUGAAAUUAGGUUGAUUGAAGGGCUAAUCAGUGUUGUUGUAUACCCUGUACAUAAAUAUAAGAAAAUGAGAGGCUGAGACUGGUUCGGGAUUGUGCUCUCUCCACAUAGUUAACAUGCCCUACUCUGUGGAGUUUCAGUUUUAGCGUUGAGCUGUUUUGUUUCAUUUUGAGAACCUUUACCCUAGUUUAUAUGCCUCAAUGUUGGUUGCAGUCUCCUCUCAUGGUGUACCUUGAUUUUUUUUUUUUUUUUUUUUUUUCUCCAUAGUAAUGAGAACACACCCUUUUGUACAGUUUACCAUGUAGUUUAUGAACUUUCUAUUUUCUGAGCUUA